AUGAAUCAAAAGAAACCUAAGCUGCACCUUAUCAUCCCCAGCCCAGAGAAGCCGAACACAACCAUCAACAUGAUCAGCACUGCGAUGAGCAUACCCCCAGGAACCUAUCUCCCUCCUGCCAUUGUAUCCCCAAGUCGUGCGCCAACAUCCGACUUUAUAGAUUACUACAGUGUGCUCGGUCUCGAUAUCUGGGCGACAUCCGAAGAGAUCAAAGCAAAGCAUCGCAAGCUACGGGCAGAUUACUUCACGAACUCACCAGUAAAGUAUCGUCCACUGCAAGAGGCGUAUCUUGUGCUUGUGGAUUCCGAAGCACGACUCCAGUACGAUACAGUGUAUCGGCAACGGAUCGGGAUGCCCCCACCCCCUCCGUUCCAGCUGAAAGCCGACGAAGCUAGCGCAACCACACCUGGAGAUCAGAGCUCCGCAGUUCGAACAAUGGCACAUGGAAUCGAAUCUCAGCUGGCAUGCAAGUCACAUGUUUCGCCUCCCCGCAAUGUCGCAGAAGAGGCUGAAGUCCAGCCUGUUGAGCACGUGCCCUUUCCAGAGGAGGAGGUCGUGGACAUGACUGAGAGCCCAACCGAUGAAGAGGAUCGCAUCUCAUCCUAUCAUGGCGAUGAUUUGAAUUGGGCUUUGAAGCAUUUCAACCCUAUUUACGAACCUAUCAUUGGCACAGAGGAAUACUGGAGCUUCAUUCCCCUCCCUCAUGCAUUUACCAAGAAUGGUAAAGCGAAAAAGAUGCCAAUGUACACCGGUAGCCUCGCGACGAUGGCCCGACCGUAUUGAAAGACUUGCACCGUUUCUGAGGCGUUGGGGGCCGUUGAACUGGAGUUGAGCUGACUCGGAUAGUUCAUCCGUAAAUCUGGGUUUAACACAAUAUAAAUUGACGUAUGAUCUGAAACACAUGAAUCUAAAAUAUUAAGAUGAUCCAUGAUCUCGUGAAUUUGCUCCGUACAUGCGCCGAUGAUGUGGAUAGUUGUAGAGGAGAUAAAGAUGAUCUGCUCCGGUCCGGUCCGUCUGACUCCCAUCACAUUUCAUCAUCAGUGUCUAGAUUAUUAGAUGGUUUUGCCUAGAGUUACACGUAAAAUAAAUGCAUCAUUCCAGAAGACAGUUUCAGUGCCGCACAUUGAUAGUGAGCGUAGCGUCUUCUUUCACCAAGUGCCCCAAACUUCCACCAAAAAAAUCUACAGUGCACACAAUGUCCUAAACAUAAGAACAAAAGAUGAAAAUAGAGAACAACCGUAGGAGGUGAAAUACCAUCCAACAACGACCUCCAGCUCC